AUGGCUUCUUAUCCUGAUCUAGACAAUGAAGAUUGGGUAGUGGCUAUCAAGCUCCAGGGCUCUAAGAUUAAGCUUUAUAGGCCUGCUUGUCCCCACGGCCGUGAACCUUGCUUUAUCGACGUCAAAGCAAUGCCUCGGUCUAUAUACACUCUCUCGAGUAUUAUGUAUUCUAAAAAAGAUGAAAGGUUCUAUGUUCCAACCCCUGGGUCCGAGUACUUAUGUUCUUUGGAUCCUAACUCCAAGGAGAAAGACCCCGAGUGCAUUGGCUUGUGCACUGAAGAUUUAACUAAGCAUUUGGAUCAAGACGAUAUUAACGAGGUAAAAUUGUUUUGCAAGACAGUCCACUUCGUGGAAGCCCCUUCAGGCGAACAAUUCCUCGUGAAAUGGUUUUUUAAGUACGAGGAUGAUUUUUACAAAGAGAUCACGAGCAGAACAAGACAGUUCAUGGUGUUUAGAGCAGAGGAUCAUCCUCUAGGAAAAAAGAAAAAACAAUUGGUCUACACAGACGACAUUGGAGAUCUUUGUAUCUUUCUUGGACAUGGUGAACCUUAUUGUCUCCGAGCGAGCUGGCACCCUGGUCUCAAGCCUAACUGCAUCUAUUUUGUAGGACAUAACUUGGGUGUUUACGAUAUCACCGCCAAAUGUUGCAAUAUCUUUUACAAUGAGGAAGUCCCAUUAAGGUCUAGUGAGUUCCCUUACUGGUCUCAUCCCUAA